GCCUGUUCUCGCGGGAAUGGAUCAUGUGAUGGCAAAAAACGGGUCUGGAAUAGUAAACAACAUGGCGUACUACCAACACAGAACGGACUAGGAACAUAUCAAAAAUACAGGUGUGACAACCACCCUAAAGUCAUAGUAAAUCUUUUAAAAAUAUUAUUCGUUGUAGUGGUAACGUACCAAGGUAGUGCAUUUGUUUGGAGACGAGGAUUGUGUAACAACGAACAAGCUGUCAACCCCUCUAUCCACUGGAACAGGGCUCUCGGCCUAUGGGCUCGCAGUCCAGUUCUGGGAUGUCCGGUCGGGGUUCUAGCGGAAACCCAGACCAGUCUGAACCAGAUUCCAACCAGAACUCGAACCAGAGGGGUGGCAGACCAACCGAGAGACAGACAGAAAGACAGACAGAAAGACAGACAGAAAGACAGUCAGCCGCUGAGGAGGACGUCGACCUAGCUCAAGUGCUGGCUUACUUACUGAGAAGGGGCCAGGUCCGACUGGUCCAUGGAAGUGGAGCCACAGGCCUACAGCUUGUCCAGUCCUAUUCAGACUCGGACGAGGACAGUGACGGGGCCUGGGAAGGUCGUCUCGGAGACCGCUACAAUCCCCCCGUGGACUCCCAGCCUGACACCCAGGAUGUGGAUCGGAGCGAGAUUCGCACUCAGAUCCUGCUGGCCACAGCCUCGUCCGGCCUUAAAAGCAGACACAGCUUCACUCACAUGCUAACACAGAGGGAACAGGGUCGGUGUCGAGGCUCCAGUUUCUCUCACGGGGAGUGCAGUCGCAUUCGAUCACAUUUCCUGCCAAACCAUGUUGCAUUCAAGGACACGUAUCAACAGAAAGCCUUCUGUGGUGUUUACAGCAAUGAUGGAAACAUGUUCCUCUCCGCUUGUCAAGAUCAGAACAUCCGGCUGUAUGACACCAGCAGGGGGCGCUUUUCCCUGAAGCGGACAGUGAAAGCGCGGGACGUGGGCUGGAGCGUGCUGGACGUCUGCUUCACCCCCGAUUCCCGCAGCGUGCUCUACUCCAGCUGGUCUGACUACAUCCACGUGUGCAGUGUAGAUGGCGACAGCGAAUCCCACACCGCCCUGGACCUCAAUCCAGACGAAAGGAGGUUCUGUGUGUUUUCGCUCACUGCAUCCUGUGAUGGGAAGGAGAUUUUAGGAGGGGCAAAUGAUGGCUGCCUGUAUGUUUUUGACCGUGAACAGAACAAACGGACACUGAAGAUCGACGCGCAUGAGGACGACGUGAACACAGUGGCGUUCGCCGACAGCUCGUCGCAGCUGCUGUUCUCAGGGAGCGACGACGCGCUCUGUAAGGUGUGGGACCGCCGCACGCUGCGCGAGGACCGCCCCCAGCCUGUGGGCCACCUGGCCGGCCACCGCGACGGCAUCACCUUCAUCCACAGCAAGGGAGACGCACGCUACCUGAUCACUAACUCUAAGGACCAGUCCAUCAAGCUAUGGGAUGUGAGGAAGUUCUCCCCCAAGGAGGGUCUGGCCGCCUCUCGGCUGGCCGUCACACAGCAGAACUGGGACUACCGCUGGCAGCAGGUUCCCCAAAAAGCCCUGAAGAGGCACAAGCUGACGGGCGACACGUCGGUGAUGACGUACCGGGGUCACGGCGUGCUGCACACACUUAUCCGCUGCAGGUUCUCACCAGAGUUCAGCACCGGACAGAAGUUCAUCUACACCGGCUGCUCCACCGGCAAGAUCAUCAUCUAUGAUGUCCUGACGGGCACCAUCGUGUCCAGACUCUCAGGCCAUGACGCAUGUGUGAGAGAUGUCAGCUGGCACCCGUACCAAGAGAGCAUCGUCAGCAGCUCAUGGGACGGAGCGGUGCGGCAAUGGGAACACAGACAGACACACCCUCUGGAUGAGGAGAGAGAAAGGGAGCGGGACAAAGAGUGAGAUAGAGAAAGGAGGGAAGAAGCAGGGAGGUAGAGGAAAGGAGAACUUUUAGGACAAAGCUUUUGCUGGCAUCUGAGGUGCCGCCCGCCAUGAGGUGGCACGACCCGGAGAGAAUAAGCUCAGACAAAAAACAAGGAGGCUACUUGUUGCUGUUUGUUUGUUUUUGGCAAGUGUAAGAUCCUUGAAGUCACCUCUUAGACACAUUUUUCCUACGAAAACAUUACUUAAGUCAAUAACAGCCGUGCUGUGGGCCGACCGCAGAGUAGUUUAUCCGGAGGAGAUGAGGAUCGCUGUGUUUUCCUUUCUCUUUAGUAGAUCUAUCUCAGUUAUUAUGGCUGAGUGUUUAGUUAACGCUAAGGUUGUUUUUUUUACAGCCUAAGUCUGUUCAGGUUUCCUUUUCCUUGUGGAAGGGUGGGGUCAUGGGGGGGGGGGGGGGGGGGGGGGGGGGGGGGGUCGAGCGGUCCAACAAGGUGCUUUUUGAAGAAAAGAGUUAACAAUUAAAAAGCUGAUUAAAAACGUAGAAAAAAACACACUCACGAAACAUGCGGUAGGGGGUGGGGGGGGGGAUUCUAUGAUAAUGUAAAACAUUUUAUCGGAAUUAAUGUUGAAAUGUUGAUCAAUGAACUUUGUAAUCUAGUGUUCACAUUCUCAGCCAAAGGGUUUGAAUGUCUUUUUUCCGUGUGAGAAGAUAACAUGGGGACGGGAGAAGUGUGCGUGUGUGUGAGUGUGUGUGUGUGUGUGUGUGUCAGUCUAUAUGUAUGUGCAUAUACACAGUCAUUUGUGUAUAUGGUGAGUGUGUCUGUCUGUUGGUGUGUUUUGGGUCAUUCUUUUUUCAGUAAUUAUUAAAACCCCACAAAAAUGAA